AUGAAUCAAAAUACGGAUUUCCAAGAAUGGAUGGAAAUGUGCGUUAAAUUAAACCAUAUAAAUAGUUUUGAAUACAAUGAAUUUACUGAGCAUCAGUUGGUCGGUGAAGGGAGAUUUGCUUGUGUAAAAUCUGCAAUGAUGAAUUGUGACGUAAAAGUUGCUUUGAAAUCUUUAAAAGUUGAUGUUGUAUUAGAAAAAGAUAUAAUUGAAAAAUUCGUUAAUGAGCUAAAACUCCUUCGAAAGGUUGAUUUUCAUCCUAAUAUUAACCGGUUUUUAGGGGUUACUAAAGAAAUAUCGUCGGAUGAUGAAACUUCAUCAGAUGAAGAAAAUGAUAUAUCAUUUGAUAAUUCGGAUAUUGAUUCGUUAACUUCUGAUAGUGAUGAUAAGGAAAAUAUGAUUAAUAUACUAAAUGAUUUGGUUCAAUUAUAUUCAAAUAAGUGUAAAUUAGGAUCAAGUGAAUCUGAUAGAAAUUAUGAAAAUUGGUUCGAUUACAAUAUGUCUAAUUCAAGGAAGUUUUUUAUUUUUCUUAAAAAGAACACUGAAAUUGUAGAACAUCAUGAAUUUAUUCUUGGAAAAUUUUAUCAAAGAGGUUUCGGUGUAAAACAGAAUAAUGCAAAAUAUUUUAAAUGGAUGGAAAGAGGUACUCGUAAAGAUGAUAAACUUGCAUAUUUUGAACUUUCAAAAUGUUAUUUUUUUGGUAAAGGUGUGAAUAAGGACAAUGGAAAAGCAUAUGAACUUUAUAAUCGUAGCAACAGGGCAUGA